GCUGGGAUCUAUAAGUACCUAUGUACUUUUGAUAAGCCGAUAAGACAAGACAUGAUGACCUAAGCCACAAAAUGACAUAUGUGACAUAUGACAUCGUGACGACGCUUAGAGGCUCAGCAUUCUGGAAUCCUCACAUCCGUACCUUACGUGUAGGUAUUUUCCAAUUUGCCAUUCGUCAACCAAUUUUGGUUUGUUUCGCCAUGUAACCCUGCUUCACAAACUGGUAGAUUAGCUGUUGAGCUGAGCUAAAAUACCUUAGCAAUGGCCGUAAUGCCUCGUAAUGUCCCUGUGACCCGCUUCGAUCCGCUGUCGAUCCAGUCAUCAUCGUCCCCAAAAGUUCCGAUAUCCAAAACAACAAGCGAAACAAUAUAUUCACCCUGGCACGACCUUUCCAACUUUCACCUUUCUAUACCAUAUGAAUUGCGCUUCGAGAUAUAAUACAACAUCCCACGAUGUCGAUACGAAUAGCCCUCGAUAAUCCUCCCGAGUUCUACACGAAUCUCGAUUUUAUAAGCGGCCGCGUGAUCCUAGUCUUACACCGACCUGAAACCAUCGGAAACGUUAUUGUCAAGCUCGAAGGCGAGUCGCAUACUGCUCUAACCGUUCCGUCCACAGGCGACCGCGAUGACCUCUACCGUGGACGGAUACCCGGUGGUGGCGGGGUAGGCGACAUUAUAACUGAAAGCCAUAAAAUCCUAUACCGAUUAUUUCAGGUGUACCCCGACGAUGGCGCCGCUCUAGCCUUCCAACCAGGCACGCACGAGUUCAAGUUCAAUUUCAAGGUGCCCCUAAACAACAUAUGUCAUGACCCGAAAGCCAUGAGUGCGCUAUUAGGCAUUGGAGGCCUCAGCGGGAGUGGAUUUCGUACAAUGGAUGGCUCGAAACAACUCAUGCUACAACACGUGAAGGGCACACUACCUCCCUCCCUCACCGGUUUCCCCCAGGAGGCCGAAAUACGGUAUUAUAUAAAAGUCACCAUACAACGUCCAGGCUUCUUUAAAGAGAAUUGGCGAUACCAAGUCGGCUUUAAAUUCCUCCCUGUCGAGCCGCCGCGGCCGGCUAAGACAAGCCAAGAAGCAUUCGCUCGGCGACCCUUUACCUUCCGACCACAAGCCGCUCUUCACCAGAAAAAGUCCUCAUUCUUCGGGAGUCGGUCCUCAACGGCAAGUCCAUCAAGCGGAGCAGGAGGCACACCACCAUCAAUCGAGAUGUCCGCGCGUUUACCCUUUCCCAGCAUCCUAACUUGCAACGAACCCCUCCCCCUCCGCCUAAUCGCGCGCAAACUCGCGCCCACCGAACAACAACACGUAUACCUAACCGCCCUCGAAAUCGUGCUAGUAGGCCACACCCAAGUCCGCGUACACAACCUCGAGAACACCGAGCGCUCAACCUGGAUCCUCUUCUCCGCCCCACAACUUUCCCCUCCAAUCCAACUCUUCAACUCCCCCACCGACCCCGUGGACGCCGAAUUUGAAAUUCCAAAAACACUAUGGAAAGACCGGCGCCUCCCCAACACCGUCGCGCCCUCCUUCCGCACAUGCAACCUAGCACGAACAUACGGAUUAGAAAUAAUGUUAACCCUAACCUGGGCCCCAUCCUCCUCUCCUUCAUCCCUAAAACCCAACUCCCCAUCUAUAACCCUGCCCCUUAAACUCUCGAAGGUAGAUGUAUACUCCGGCAUCCGACCACCACAAGAACUCCUAAACUCGGUCUCGACGCAGAACUCGCGGCCGCCUCGAUUACCAAACCGGCCACCGCAGCAACCACCGCGUCCGGGGCCAGGGGUUAAUGUCCAGCCGCCGGCGCCAGAUCCGUUGUAUCCCCCGCAAUUAGGCACCGUGGGCGCGACUAUGUACGAGGAAGCGCCGCCGAGUUAUGAUGAGGCGAUGGCGGACCAAUUAGCUGGGCCCGCGGCAAGGCCGGCUUAUAGUGGUGUUACGGCGGAGAAUGCGCCGAGUACUAUGCCCGCGGAGAAGUCAUGAGAACGCGAGUUAGGAUAUGCGGAGUGGAAAGGAGCAUAAGAGAAAAAGAAAAGGAGAGGAGUGGCGUGGUGGAUGAUACCCCUCGGGUUGGCUGACUGAUUUUGCGUCGCGUCGCGUUGCGUUUGUGCUUAUAAAAUAUCAUACUGGAGUUAGUGUUACGGAUAUUUUGCAAAGAGCGGUGCAUUAGGUGGGUGAAGUAUUAUGGGAUACGUAAAGGGGGUAAUAGGCAAAAUAAGAUGUCAUUAUAAUGGUGGUUAUUAAAUAUGACGUAGGAUUCAACAAGCCUUUGUGGCGCGUAUAUUGCGAUAAACCUGUUUUACUCGGGUUAUAACAUACAAAAGCGCCAGUACGAGAACGUAAUAAUCGAUCAUGCAGAAUCGCAUAUAUUUUCAAUAUGCA